AUGGAGUUCAUAGGGCGGUCUAGAUGGAAGCCGACCUCGAGACCACGAUGGAUGCCUAAAGCCAACUUCAUUACUCUACACUACAUAUACAUAAUCCUGGCAGGUUUGUCCAGCCUGAUUAUAUUACUCCCAUAUGGCAAUAUAUCGGCUAUCGACGCCUACUUCUUUGGUGUGAGUGCCUCGACAGAAUCAGGGCUGAAUACUAGUAGUGGUGAGACUGCACUGGUUCAGGAAGAAACUCAAAACCCUCGGUACGUCGGGGCCUUCAUCUCGUGCUUCCGCAGCCAUUUCUUCAUGCUUUUUCUGACCAGCCGUGCAGCACCAAUACUACUCAAACACGAACACGAAGCCGAUGAAUCAAGCAUACAUCCUGUUGACUCUGAGUCCGACUUAAACCUUCGCUUGGCAGUCACGGAGCCGGCUAGAAAGUCGCCACCGUCCAUCACAGGGACAGACAAAUCACUGCAACUAGCCAAAACAGACAGCCCGAGACGCAUCACGUUUGCCCCCAAUGUCAAUGGUCCGCCUGAUUCGAAACCACUUUACGUUCCGGGACCAAGAGAUCGAGACAACGGUCAUCCGAUAGUCGAGCGAGAUGUCGGCGACGUGAUAGACGAUGUGGACGACGCUGUCCUGGCAGACCCAAAAGACAAUGUCCCGACCAAGACGAGCAUCGUUAGGCGUCGCACCUGGGGAGGAGACGGGCCAGCAGGCUUUCCAACUCUAGCUAAGGCCAUCUCUAUUGAAAGAGUUGCAACGACCGUUGGCACAGUCUUUGUAUUGGGCAAGACACGUGCGGGAGUUGCGCGCCAGCCCAGCUCAGGCCCUCGGCCUACUGGUCUACCAAUGUUAUCAAAACAGGUCACAAUCGGCCGGAACUCACAAUUCCUCAACCUCACCUCGGCAGACAGAGAAAGACUUGGUGGCAUCGAGUAUCGGGCUCUAAAGGUGCUGCUAAAAAUUGUUGUUUCGUACGCUGUUUUCCUCAACAUCCUUGGGGUAAUCAGCUUGGUCCCAUGGAUACACCGCGCUCCUCAGAAAUAUAGGGACUGGCUCAAUGUAAAUUCUAUAGAUUACUCAUGGUGGGGCAUCUACUCUGCCCAAACGAUGGCCAAUAACCUAGGCUUUACACUCACUCCGGACUCUAUGGUUACUUUCCGCGACGCGACCUGGCCAAUGCUCAGCAUGACUUUCUUGGCAUUUGCAGGGAAUACAUGUUAUCCCAUUUUCCUUCGACUCCUUGUUUGGGUCAUGUUCAAGCUCGCCCCAGCCCGAUCGUCGUUAAAAGAGACGCUCAAGUUUUUGCUCGACCACCCACGAAGAUGUUACACACUGCUCUUCCCUAGCCGAGCGACAUGGAUUCUCUUCGGUAUCGUCGUGUUCCUCAAUGUUGCGGAUGUUGUGCUUAUUAUCGCUUUGGACCUCAACAACCCAGCUGUGAAUGAUCUUUCUCUAGGGCCGAGAAUUCUAUCAUCUCUGUUCCAGGCUGCUUCCGCACGCCACACUGGCACCGCAACCUAUAUCCUUUCGCAGGUCAACCCGGCUGUUCAAUUCAGCUUGUUAAUCAUGAUGUAUAUUUCCGUUUUACCAAUUGCGAUCAGCAUCCGUGCGUCCAAUACUUAUGAGGAGAAGAGUCUGGGAAUCUAUCUGCCUGAUGAGGAAGAGCCCGACGAAAACCAAGGAACAACAUCAUAUAUUAUGGCACACAUCCGCAACCAGCUGAGUUUCGAUCUAUGUGGCUGCGUUGGACUCUCCCUCGGCCACCCCUCGGUGAUGACCUCUCUCUGCGGGAGAUUUACCACUUUCAGUAAAGUCAUCAUCUGUUUCAUGAUGAUCCGCGGCCGCCACCGCGGGCUUCCAUAUUCCCUCGACCGGGCAAUAAUGCUCCCUAACGAGCAACUGAACGAGCGAGGAGGACUCUCGAAGACAACGUCUCGGCAGAGUGGAGGGAACUCCAAUGCUCUUGAAAUUCGAGGGAGAAGCGGGGAAGGUGCAAGGACAUUGCCGAUGAAGACGCAUCAUACACAAUGA